AUGAUUCAAGCUCAAUGUAAGUAUAAACAACACUAUAAAAGUUAUCAAAACUAUACUAAAAUUUUCUUUAGAUAUUUUAAUUGUCCAUUUAUCUCGCCCACAUCCAUUAUAGAUUUAAGUAAUUUAGGAUCAACUAAUACACUAUCAAUUAUAACACCAGAUAGAAAAUUUCAUUUGAAUGGCGAACUCCCAUUAAUCCUUGGUAAUAAAUUAAAAACCCUAAUUCUAAAUGGAUCAUAUUUGAAACAGAUUAAUUAUAGAAUUUUCGACUCACUUACAAGUCUUUAUUUAACUAACAAUACCAUCUCUGGGACUCUUCCUCCAUUAAACCCAGACACAUCAUUAUUAUAUAUUGAUUUAAACAAUAACGAAAUAACUGGAAAUAUAGAUAGAAGUUACUGUAAUUUAAAAAAACUUGUUUUAACAAACAAUAAGAUAAGUGGGGAAAUUCCAACAUGUUUUACAUGCUUUUUUAAUAUACUUAAAAAUGAUUUUAAUGGAAAUUAUUUUUCAAAUUAUGACCCUUUACCAUGCACCACAACCAUUCCAUAUAACAUGACCUAUAAAGUUGAAGCAGAUGUUUAUACUUUUAUCAUCGAUGGAUAUGACUUAGGGGGAGACAAUUUAAACAGUUUUGUUACAUUUUCGGGUGAAAAUAUGGAGUUAAUUUCAAUGGCUGUAUUAAAACCAAACUCUCAAAUAUCUUUAAAAGCAUCACUCACAGAUUCAAAUAAAUUCGCACCCCAAAUCAUUUCAAUAACCUAUUCAGUUUAUUUAAAUUCAUUAACAUUCAAACUACCUUUAAACCCAUCCCCACCAAGACCCAAUACUGUUUUAUGGUUUGGAAAAGAUGUAACAAUUAUUGGUUCAUACUUUACAUAUGAUAAAACCACUGUUUCUAUCAUGAUUGGGAAAGAGCCAUGUAUAGUUAGUUCUACAACAUUUGACAAAAUAACAUGCUCCGUUUCAAUUGUCGAUACCAAACAUUCAAAUAUUAAAACAUUCAUUAAUGUUGGCAGCUACUCUACCCAAAUCUCAUUAAACCCAGAACAAGAAAAUAUAAUUAUUCUUUGUGCAUACCCAUGUAUGGAUAAUGCAUAUUGUAACACCGAAAUUGGCCAAUGUAUUUGCGAUGAAGGAUUCCAAGGAAACGAUUGCCAAACCCCAUACUUAGAAUGUCAAUUAGCAAUCGAUAACAAUCAAAUAUGCGGAAAUAGAGGUAAAUGCAAUAACCAAACAGGUAUUUGUGUUUGUGAUGAUGUUUUAAACCCCUCACCAUCUUGUAGCUCCUGUCCCGAUCCUUUAUGUGGUGGAAAUGGUAAAUGUAACUAUUCGACAGCAACUUGUGAAUGUAAAAAAGGUUUUUAUGGAUAUCAAGGACCCAACUGUGCUGUACCAUCAAUCUAUGUAGCAUCAGUAGACCCCAGUUCCGAGGAUGGUGGUAAUGCAUUGUUCAGUGGUUGGUUUGGAUUAAAAUCUGAGAGUACUCAAACCAAAGUAUUUAUAGGGGGAAAAGAAUGUACACCAAUCUCACUAAUUAAUGAAACUACAAUUAUUUGCACAGCUCAAGCUGGAACUGGUUUGCAAUCGGUUAAUAUUACCAACCCAUCUAUCUACUGGUUCAAUCCAUCAAUAUAUAAAUAUCAACCUUCAUCAACUAAAUGUUUGAAUGAUUGCAACGAAAAAAACAAAGGUGGUGUAUGUAACAAAAUGACAGGGUAUUGCCUAUGUAAUGAAAAUUUUGAUGGUGCAGAUUGUUCUAAAAUAAAUAAUAAUAAUCAACCCCCAACCAACACAACAGUAGAUGACGAUACAGGUUUAAUUAAUUUAAAUAAUCAAAAAACAAAAUAUAAUAUAUCAAUUAUAUCUCUAAUUGAAGUUGGUAUAGGUGGAAAUAUUGUAUCUUCGAUUGAUUUAAAAAAUAAAUGGUCCAACAUUACAACCACAAGAACUCCAGAUGGUAAUUUACUAUAUAACUUCACCCAAUCAAUUCAGUCCAAUCAAUCAACAAUAAUAUACUUGGUUGAAGAAGUAGAAAAGAGUAAAAUAUUUACAUUUGCAGGAAUUGACUUUAAAGUUUCAUCAGGCUCAAUUAAAAUAACAGUAUUAAUUUCAAACUACCAAUUUACAAGUAACUUAAAUACAUUAAAACUAUUAUUAGAAUCAUCAGUAGAAAAUAUUGACAACCCAGAUAAUGAAUGUAAUGAUAAAACUAUCGAUAUCAACUCUGCAAAUAACGAAAAUGGAUCUUCAUCAAACCUAAACUACAUUACAAUCAAAAAAGAUGCUAAAAUUCUAACUGGUAGAUUCCUUGAUCGUGCUGAGGCCGACGAUCGUUCAACUUUUAUAACUAGUGAAAUUGCCAAUAAAACUGAUCAAUCUUUAACUAUUGCAAUUAACCUACCACAUUGUGUGAAAUAUUGUAAAUUAGAUCCUGACUUUUCAGUUCUUGUAUCAAAUGAAUUUAGAGAUGAAUGCCCAUCGUCAAAAAAAUGGCUAAUACCAGUCGCUGUAGCUGUACCAGUCGUUGGUGUAUCCCUAAUAGUUAUUGCAGUCAUCAUACUUUAUCGUAAUCGUUUAAGUAGACUAAAUUUAGCAAUCAAAUUAAAAAAUCUUGGAAAAAAAUAA